UGCGUGGUCACAUGUUGCUGCUGUUGUGUCGGGGCCACCUGAGGCCGACAGUGUGCUUGUGGAGCUCAUAGUAAACUAAGAGUGUGCACGCUGGCCUCGUUUGAAAACAAACCUUAGCAAACAGGAUGUGGUUUGUAGGUUACUGGUUGGGUUGGUGCUCCGUGUUGCUGUUUGUCAGGCUGCAGGUCUGUGUGCGCGCAGAAACACAGUGCUUGUUCUGCAUAAAAGUGGCUGAUGUGAUAACUAGGCAUACGUUACAUAAGUACAGUUACCACAGUCAGAUGCUGGAUUGAGCUGCUAGUUACUGGUAGUUUACCUGAAAUCAAUGUCAGGGCUUCUCAAACCUGCUGCCGUCUGACAGACACAGAGGCGUCUCAGUGUAAAAGCAUCUGAAGAAGAAGAGAGUCUGCUCCUUCAGGGGAACGAUGGUCUCUGGACUGGAGGGGGGUGAAAGGUGAAGGUGGCAGGUGUAUGUGCUACAGUAGAAGUGUCUCCUCCGACAUGUAGUGAGUGGAAGCAUGAAGUUGCCUAAAAUGAAAACAGGAGUACUUGAGUAAAUGUACUCUGUUACUUCAGACACUGCCAGCGUGUCUGUGAGCAGGCAGACGUCAGGGAGGUGCAGGUGACUGUAGUCCUGCUGAGGGGACGGCGGCUCUGAGGCCGAGUGGUGCAGCAGCCUGUUGACAGACUUGGACUGUGGUGAUGAACACAGAUGUUUUCUAAGUUCCUGAACAUGCUGUGAGCAGAGAACAGCUCCCCCUCCUCCGUGCACUGGCCACUCCCCUUCCUCUCUCGCUGCCUGACAAGAGGAGCUCUCAUCUCAGCUGGUGAGAGCGUUCAGCGCCUGCUGAGGACCAGGCGAGUUGGUGUGUGCAGCUGUGAGGAGAUGCUGUUUGUCCAGGGGAUCGCGCUACUGCUGCUGCUGCUGCUGCUGCUGCUGGAUGAAGCUCUGGCUCAGAGUGGAGACGGAGACACCAACAUAGAGUCCAGACUCAGCUGCACCUCCCACAUCAUGACAAAAGGAAACACCCUGAGCUGCAGGCUGCUCGGGUGCCGGAGUGACACCGGGGAUGAUGAAGAUGAUGAGGACGAUGGCAUCGAGAGAAUGGCCCUGUGUUACACCGACUGGAGAUUAAGGAAGGAAAAGUGUGAGAACGGCUCCGGCGACACGCUCAGCUUCACAGGCACGCCCAUGGUGGGCUUGGACCUGACUGUCCACUUGAAGAGAGGAGACACGAUCAGGACGACAGUCGACCUGCAGAAAAUAGUUAAACCGAGAAGUCCUCAGGUGUGGAACGUCACCUUCAACCACGAGUCCAACCAGGCGGUCAUCCUGAUUCGGACUCCGUACCACAAAGAUUACCUGAAAGUAGACAACCAGCUCUUCCAGCUGCACAUCUGCACCGCAGGCAGCGAAAUGGUCCUGUUUGACCAGAACAUCUCCUCGUCUGACAUUUUGAGGAUUGACAUGGAGCGGCUCCAGAAAAACACAGAGUAUCAGGUCCGAGUGAGAGCGAUCCCGCACAAGUUUCUACAGGGCAGCUGGAGCGAGUGGAGUGAAAGCUUCAGUUUCUUCACACCCGCUGAAGGAAAAGUCCCAGAGGAGGGGGCUGACAGACAGGUGGUGCUGUACAUAUCGGCUCUGUGUCUCUUCUUUGUGGUGACCAGUGCAGUCGUCCUCUGUAAAAAUAAAGUGUUCACCUACAUGUGGCCGAGCAUCCCGCAUCCCAAACACACACUGGUGCAGAUCUGCAGACCCAGUAAAGGCCUUCUGCUGCACUUCCACCCCGAGGUGUUCAGCACCCUUAAAGUCUUCCCAAUGGAGAAACCAGAGGAGCAGCUGUGGGAGGAGACUGACCCCCCCACAGGUCCCGCUGUCGCUGACGGGUCUCAGCCCAAUGAUCCCUGCUCCACCCAGAGCUCUGACUGCAGGAGCACCACCACAGAGGAGCUGGAGCUCUCCGCCCUGCUGAGCAGGAGCUCCUCCGAUGGAGAGGAGAGCCUCCAGAGCACCAGUCUGUCCCCCGCCAGCGUCCUCCAGCUCGAGGACAGAGACACGCCUCCGCCUGAACACAGCAGGGGAGGAAACGAGGCUGAGGUGUUUGGAGUGAGUCAGCAGGAGGAGGCGUACGUCACCAUGUCCAGUUUCUAUCAGAUCAAGUAGGUCAGAAGGAAGACCAGGGACAGACGCACGGGACCAGGACCAGUGUUUAUUAAACUUCUGAGAAAGACACAUCGGGGUGCUCUGAAGCAGAGGGGCCUGGCCUGGGGGCUGGGGCCACCCCAGCCCCGGUUUGUCACUCCACUGGAUUACAUACAUGCUGACUGUUUUAACCCUGAACUGUCGUUUCAUAACACUCAACCAAAUUCUGAAGGUAUUUCCCAAACCUCACUGACUCUUCUAACAAUGUGGAGUCAAAAAUAACCCGUUCCAGGAAAAUAUCAUUUUUGUCAGUUGAGUAAAGAUGGCGAGAGGAAAUGACACCGUCUCCCACUUUUUUGCGAAAGUCGAGCCACUUUCACACAAAGCCAGAGCGCCGACAUCAUGUCCUCGCUCCAUCUUUGUUUAUAUGAAAAGAACAGAUAAAGCAAGAAACUGACUGAAAUUAACUUUCCUGGACCAGACUGGAUUAUUUUAGAAGAUUCUCUGAGGGUUCAGGAAAUACCUUCACGAUAUGGGAGAGUGUUAUGAGAAAGGACGGUAUGGGGUUAAAACGUUCGGCAUGCCUCAGUUUUGCAGAUUAACAGAUUAUCUCUGUGACUCGAGUGUAUGUAGCAUGUGAGAGCCACAGCCUGGGGUCUAGGGCCACCCACGAGGGCCAAAGAUAAGUCUGAGGGUCACAAUACAGGGUGGCAGUGGAUAAGAAGGGACAAACACCUCCGUUUGUGGCUCUUAGCCAUGCUAGCAGCUGGACUCUGGAUGACAGCAGACAGACACUGUACAAACAUCCACUUCCUCUCCUGUCAAUCAUCCCAUCAGGAUGAAACCUCUGCUGAGCAUCAUCAGGACAACAUGUUCAUCAGUACCUUAUGACCAAAGACAAUGCCAUCAGCCUGAGCUGGACUUGAGUCAAUGUUCAGCUUGUGCAGCACAACAGAGGUGCUGGUUUGGCUGCACACUUUCAGCCCAGUCCAGUAGCUUUGGUUGACCCGACCUGUGACGAGUGGUUUUAAAUUACAAAACAAAAACAAAUCUAGAAACCACUGGCUUUACAAUUUGACACAUUGUAACCUCACCUGUCACCUGGUGUAGUCCGCAGAUGACCUUAGAUCAUACCUGUGUUUCUGCAGGUUUUAACUCAAACCAG